AAACAACAGCUGUUCCGUCGCGGCUGUAAACCGCUAGCUAACUUAGUCUAGUUGUUUUCUCAAGGUCAAAAUUAGCAUUUUGACCAUAGUAUUCACGGGUGGGAUAGUCCUUAUGUCCGGGGAUGAAUCUAUUUUUGAAAAUGUAAAGUUUAUAGAGUUCCCAAAGAAGCAUCGCGGCGGGCUGCAUUGCCUGCAUGGAUAGUAACAUUAGCAACAGGAGGUGGCGGCGCUAGGAAGAUGUGUAGCACACGGUGUGACUGGGGACCAUGACGACAGAGGUGGGAUCUGAGACGGAGGUGAAGAAAGAGCCGGAGAAGGCAGAGGAGCAGCCUGCAGCACCUGAAUCAGAACCACCAGCCACCAACCAGACAGACGAGGCCAAGGCUGCAGAGCAGUCCGCCAACGACCACCCCGCUCCGGCCACUGACUCAGCCGAGGCCAAGGAGAAACAGGAGGAGGCCCAGCCCGCCGACAACGCCACACCACAGGAGGGAGAGGACACCCCAGCCUCAGAGAAAAAAGGCAUCUCCAGAUUCCUCCCUCCAUGGCUUAAGAAGCAGAAGUCUCAGAGCCAGGUGGGACCCAAAGAGAACCAGGCUGCACCCAAGGAGGAGGCAGGCGUUGCCCCAGUGAAGGAGGAGGCAGGCGUUGCCCCAGUGAAGGAGGAGGCAGGCGUUGCCCCAGUGAAGGAGGAGGCAGGCGUUGCCCCAGUGAAGGAGGAGGACGGUGAGAAGGCGGAGCAGGCCGAGGCAGAGCAGACGUCUUCGCCCACAGCAGCCAAACCCCAGGUGGAAGAAGAGAAAAUAAACAGAGAGCUGAAACCAGAACAGAAAGAGGAAGUGAAAUCGGAGGAAAAAGAGGAGAAUCAUUCCACUGGCAGUACAGACACUCAGCCUGCUAAGGAAGAGAAAGCAGCAGAGGAAUCUCAGGAGAAGAGUGCAGCAGAGGAGGAGAACAAGGAGGUAGAGGAAGGAGGAGCGGAGAAGAAAGACGAGGAAGAGAGCCCGAAGCCUGAGGGUGGACAUUCUUUUAUCAAAUCACCGCUGAAACUGACCAAGAAGGUGAAGAUGGUGAUGUGUCACGUGACUAUGCUGGAUGGAAGCCAGUUCCCCUGUGAGGUGGAGAAACGGGCGAAAGGCCAGUACCUGUUCUUUAAAGUGUACGAAGCCCUGAACCUACUGGAGAAGGACUACUUUGGGUUGAGUUACAAAGACAACGCUGACCAGACGUGCUGGCUGGACCCUACAAAGGAGAUCAAACGUCAGAUCCGCAAUGCCACCUGGCAGUUUGCGUUCAAUGUCAAGUUCUACCCUCCGGAUCCAUCCCAGCUGACCGAGGAUAUUACCAGAUAUCUCCUGUGCCUUCAGCUCCGGCAGGACAUAGCGUCGGGGCGUCUGCCCUGCUCCUUCGUCACCCACUCCCUGCUGGGUUCCUACGCCCUGCAGGCUGAGCUGGGAGACCAUGACUCCGGCGAGCACCGCCUCGACUACAUCAGUGACUUCCAGUUUGCCCCCUCCCAGACCAAGGAGAUGGAGGAGAAGGUGGUGGAGCUCCACAAAACUCACAGGGGGAUGACUCCUGCUCAAGCAGAUGCCCAGUUCUUAGAAAACGCUAAGAAGUUGUCGAUGUACGGUGUGGAUCUCCACCAUGCCAAGGACUCUGAGGGAGUGGACAUCAUGUUGGGAGUGUGUGCCAACGGCCUGCUGAUCUACAAAGACCGACUCCGGAUAAACCGCUUCGCCUGGCCAAAAAUCCUCAAGAUCUCCUACAAACGCAGCAACUUCUAUAUCAAAAUCAGGCCGGGAGAGACAGAGCAGUUUGAGAGUUCUGUGGGCUUCAAACUGCCCAACCACCGCGCUGCCAAGAGAGUCUGGAAGGUCUGCGUGGAGAAUCACACUUUCUUCAGGUUGAUGACUCCAGAAGCGCCCACUAAAGCCAAGUUCCUCACGCUGGGCUCCAAGUUCCGCUAUAGUGGGCGCACCCAGGCCCAGACACGACAAGCCAGCACCCUCAUCGACAGGCCGGCACCCUACUUCGAGCGCACCUCCAGCAAGCGCAUCUCACGAAGCCUGGAUGGAGCUCCAGUGAUUAACCUGACUGAGGCCCAGGACUCAGGCCCCACCUCUGGGGAGAACGGCAGGGAGCCUGGCCUGGAAUUCUCCUCUGACUCGAAGGUAGAGGAGGAGCCUAGCGAAGGGGCGGCGGCCACACCUACAGAGGGCACUGAGAUGAAAGGAGAUGAGGCAGACUCCUCCCAACAGGACCUGGAUAAGACUCAGGAGGAUGUUUUGAAACAUCAGGCUAGCAUUAGCGAGUUAAAGCGCAGUUUUAUGGAGGCCACCCCUGAGCCGCGUCCCAGUCAGUGGGAAAAGCGCCUCACAGCCAGCCCGGCUACAAGCCUGCGUCUGCAGGCCCAAGGGAGCUUGGAAGAGGAAAUGACCUCCAUUUUAUUCAGUAAAUUUGCGUGCGAGUCUGGUCUGGUUGAUCCCGGCUGCACUACCACUAGGCAAGCAGCAGAGGGCGCUGUAGUCACUGCCUCUGGCCGUAUGGCCUCAGCUCCACUCACUGCCGAGGUCGUCCUCAAUACAGAUGAAUCAAAACCAACAAAACAUCAGAGAAGCCCCCUACCCAGAACCCAGGAGCCUCUCCCUGACCUCACGGUGGACACGGUCGCCAAGAGCGCAGAUGACAAACCGAAAUCCGGCGAGGUGGCGUGGCAGGCAGCAGAGGUUGAGAUAGAAGAGACUGUAGUCGUCGAGGAGAUCAGGGUGGCCCCCAAAGGCUCCGUCACCGUCACCACCCACGAGGUGGUCACCCCCGUUGCCAUGGAGACGGAGGUCGAGAAGCCCAAAGAGGAAGGGAUAGAGGAAGUUAAGGAGAAGGUUAAGGAGGAGCAGAAGAGGCCUGUGAGCGUGUCCUCGGACAGCCACAGUGAGAGCGAGGAGGAGGAUGCGGGGGAGUACCACCCCCAGGUCACCGUCAGCGCCUCAGUGGACCAGAUCAAAGAAGAGCCCGAGGAGGAGGAACAGAAAGUCAAUGAAGAACCAGAGCCAGUUACAGAACCAGAACCACUCCCAGAGCAAGUGGUUAAAGUCGAGGUAGAGGCCCAGCCUGCCCCUGCAGUAGUGGAAGAAACCUCAGUGGCAGAACCACAACCAGCCCCUGUGGCGGAGGAGAGCACCGAGGACAUCCUGGUCAGCCCUUACGAGGCCCCUAACGGGCACGCCGAGGCCCAUGAGGGCCAUCCCGGCCUCGUGGCCCUGGAAGAGGAGGAGGAGGAGGAAGAGGAGCCCAGAGUCAACGGGGACGCGUCUCACUCAGAGACAGAGCGCCUCCCCCAGGUUAUUUGUUGCUCUGAGCCUCCUGUGGUGAAGACCGAGAUGGUGACCAUCUCAGACACGUUUGCGGCCCAGAAGACUGAGAUUGCCACUAAGGAGGUUCCCAUCGUGCACACAGAGACCAAGACCAUCACGUACGAGGCUGCCCAGCUGGACGGCAGUGGAGACGGCGAACCAGGCGUUCUCAUGACAGCCCAAACCAUUACCUCUGAGUCACUGUGCACCACCACCACCACACACAUCACCAAGACAUUAAAAGGUGGUCUCUCAGAAACCAGGAUCGAGAAGCGCAUUGUCAUCACCGGAGACUCAGACAUCGACCACGAUCAGUUGCCGGGGCGUUGCCACCCCGGGCAGGCCUUGGCCCAGGCUAUAAAGGAAGCCAAAGAGCAGCACCCUGACAUGUCAGUGACACGGGUGGUGGUCCACAAAGAGACAGAGCUGGCAGAGGAGGGCGAGGACUGAGGCACCAGAGCUGAAGAGCCUGUGAAGUUCAUACUUGGAUGUUUGAGAAACUCCUGUCAUCUCCCAAACCGAGAGUCAACCUGGUGGGAAGACUACGUCGGACAACACCGAGGCUGAACUCCUGUGUGUUUCAUCGCACACCUUCCUUUUUUAUCACUCAGAAGAGAACCACUUAGCUAACAUUUGUAGCGUGUUUAAAUUGUUUUGUGCUUUUUGCAAAAAUAAGAAAAAAAAUCUGCCAUUAUUAGAACCAGAUAGAAUGUAUCAUGUGAUCAUUUUUAUUGUUGAGUAGUAUUCACAUUCCUAGUAUGUACAGACAGUUAAUGUUAUGAAAAAGUCUUUACAAUAUCUAUCUUCCUGUAUUCAUGCAGUUGCAGGUGGACAGGUAUUAAGACUAAGUGGGUAUAUUAGCCUUGGACCUGGUCUUGUUCCAUGUUGUCUUUAGAGUCAAAUGUUUAUCUGUUUUUGGGGGAAAAGGAAGAACAGCAAAUUGUAUUUAAUUGGGUGAGUUUCCAAGGGACUAACAAAGGACGAAGCACUGUGUCAUUUUGUACAUUGCACUACAGUGCCAACACGUUUUCUUCUCUAUGCAGUCAAAACAAAAACAUUCCAUUAAAGGGCAGGUGCUUUUCCUCUACCUCCCUCAGAAAACAAAAUUAAAUUUAAAAAAAAUCUACAAAAAAUCAUGAAACAUUAGGCAGCUUGGAAACUUUAGCUUUUCCAUAACUUUUUGGCAUCAUUCAUCAGAAAUAUAUUUGUAGAAACGUAUAUUUUUUGCUAUCUUUUAAAGUUUUUUGUCAAUCUGUAAACUGAUUUAGAUGUUGAUGAGGUGGGUUUGUUUGCCCCUUUUUAAAUAUUUUUAAUAUAUUUCAGAGGUUUUUUGACAACUAAAAGAAACACAAAAUUGCCACUAUUUGUAUCUUUUACCUGUAGAUAAAGGAGAUCGCUGCCCUUAGCACUCUCUGCAAUCUGACCAACCUCACCAAACCCAAUGACGGUAUCAAUUUGCUCUUUGGACCCAGUGUAUAGCAGAUAAUCUUAGAUUUUUAGCAGCUUUAAAAUGUUGUCUCCACCACAGCCACCCCAAACUCUGUGUAACACUGUUGAAAUAAAAGUUUGUUAUUCUCUGA